AAGCUCGUUCAAAUUGUGGCUUAUGCAAAUGACUUCUGCUUUACACAUGAGCCGUAUACAUAUAGUUUGUGAUGAUGAGUACUAUAGAUUCUUGUAUGCCUAUACGGUGGAAUUCAUCUAACCUUGUUGCCUUGUUGUUAUCAAGUUUAGGAUAAGAAUUUAUGAUAAGUAAACCAUGACAGCGAAACCUGUGCAGUCUAUCAAUUUACCAUGGGUUGAAAAGUAUCGACCGAAACAAUUGGACGAUUUGAUCUCUCAUGAGGAAAUUAUUAAAACCAUAAAUAAAUUCAUCGAGGGAAAUCAACUCCCUCAUCUCCUUUUUUAUGGACCUCCUGGUACUGGGAAAACCAGUACCAUAUUGGCUUGUGCCCGUAAAUUAUAUACACCAGGACAGUUUAAUUCAAUGGUUUUAGAAAUGAAUGCCUCAGAUGACAGAGGUAUUGGUAUAGUUAGGGGACAGAUUUUGAACUUUGCCAGCACAGGUACAAUGUAUAAAUCUGGAUUUAAAUUGAUCAUUCUCGAUGAAGCAGAUGCCAUGACGAAUGAUGCACAGAAUGCUCUUAGGAGGAUAAUAGAGAAGUAUACGGACAAUGUGAGAUUUUGUAUCAUUUGUAAUUAUCUCAGUAAGAUAAUCCCUGCCCUUCAGUCGCGUUGCACCAAAUUUAGAUUCGGUCCCCUGUCUAAGGAUCAAAUCUUGCCAAGAUUGAAUACGAUCAUUGAAACAGAAAAAUUAAACGUUUCUGAAGAUGGGAAGAAUGCAUUGGUAACAUUGAGUGGAGGAGAUAUGAGGAAAGUUUUAAACGUUCUACAAAGUACUUGGCUUGCUUUUGGUUCGGUCACAGAGGAAAACGUUUAUGCUUGCGUUGGUCAUCCUCUUCCAGUUGAUAUAAAGAAUAUUAUUAAUUGGUUGUUGAACGAGUCAUAUGAUAUGUGCUACAGCAAAAUUCAAGACAUAAAGUUGAAGAAAGGCUUAGCUCUACAGGAUAUAUUAACAGAACUCCACUUGUUUGUCAAUAAAAUCGAAUUUCCAGAUGAUAUACUUAUGAAUUUGAUAAUUAAGCUAGCCGAAAUAGAAAAGAGGGUGUGUAUCGGCUGUAGCGAGGCUGUACAAUUAAACGCCCUUGUGUCAGCGUUCCAGAAUGCUCGCGACAUUCAAACUUAAUUGCGUGGAAAUGAAACGAAUUUGUACUAUUUAAUUUUUUUACGACAGAAUGAAUAAAAAAAUUUUUUAAGCAGAA